GUUUUGAUUAUGGCAAUCACUACUUCACUCUCCAGCAAUGCACCUCACAAUCAGUUCAUUGCUUUUCGCGCUCGUAUUCGUUGCUUUUGUUCGAGCUCAAGCAGACCAGAGAAUUUCUCAAGCAAAAUGCCAAGACUUCCGCAACUGGGCGAAAUCAAACCCAACCAAUUGCAAUCGUCCGGCUUCUUUGAUCCUCCAAAAUAGCGUUCGAGUUGGAGACUACCCGCACGUCGCCUUCAUGGGCUGGAAAAUGGAUAUCGAUCCCACUGCUUACAACUUCCUUAGCUUUGGAAGUUUAAUCAGUGAGCAAUACAUUUUGACCGCUGCCCAUAGCACACGGUUCGAGCAAGAGAAACCGGAUAUUGUCCGUUUGGGAGCGGUGGAUUUGAACCAGAAGGACCAACACGUUAAGGAUUAUGAGGUGUCGGAAGUCAUCACCCAUCCAAACUAUACCGCACGUUUGGCCUACAAUGAUAUCGCUCUGGUCCGGCUACGUGAGCCCGUAAGCUUCUCGGAAAGCAUUCGCCCGGCUUGUUUGUGGGAUUCUCUUCAAAUGAAUUUCACUUCGCUUGUGACCACGGGACUGGAUCGGACGGACUAUUUGUCCACUUCCGGCCAGCUGCAGAAAUUCAAUCUGAACAUAAUGGAUAAGUCCGUUUGUGAUCAACAGUAUGGCCCAAAUCGAAAGAUACCCGACGGAGUGAAGGAUCACCAACUGUGCCUAUCGCAAUCGGAUCAAAAAGAUAUCUGCCUAGGAAGUUCGGGUUCGCCAGCUCAAAUCAGUUUCGAUCCAAAAGAGUGCGCGGCAUACGUGGUAGGAAUAGUAUCGCAUGGCAGAAUAAGCGGGGGGCUACAGUUUCCGGAUAUUUACACCAGAGUGGCCAGCUACAUCGACUGGAUUGAGGCUAUCGUGUGGUCCUGAAGGAUGCGUUAGGAUUUAGCUUCUAAUAUUGGUUAACAUAUAAUGAUGAAUUAGGAAUCCAAUUCAAAUCAUAAUUUUACUUGACUUUUUUAUAAAAAAAAGUAAUAUUUUGUUUAAAAUC